AUGUCAUCUCGGACAUUUACGAAGCCCCUUUACAACUGGGAACUGGGUGACCUGGGCCUGCUCUCGCUAGCGGAAUUCAUUGGUUCUAUCCUUGCAUUUUAUGUAGGUGGUCGCUUGAUCGACAUUGUCUCUAGGCGAAGCACUGCUCGACAUGGCGGCGUUCGUAAGUCGGAAUAUCGACUACCUGCUGUCGUGAUCCCUGGCGUGGUUGGAUCCGCAGGAAUUCUCAUUUUUGGUCUUUGCAUCGCACACAAAACUCAUUGGAUCGGCCCCGCAGUGGGUACUGCUAUGCAGGCUUUCGGUGUCGCCGCUAUCAGCAACGUUGCGGUGACAUACUCGCUGGACUUAUACAAAAAAGUUACUGGUGAGGCUUUGGUCAUCAUAUUCGUGAUCCGGAACACCAUCGGGAUGCUGGUAUCGUUAUACGCGGCAGACUGGAUUGAACGUCAAGGACCUGCAGCUGUCUUGGAUGAAAUGACUGCGAUCCAAGUCGUGAGCAUCCUCUUCGCGACCCCCCUUUUCAUUUGGGGUAGUCAUAUUCGAGCUUCCACUUCACGAUAUGGUCCCAAGCGUUUCCAGGAUUAG